CGGUCAGUUAGUUGACAGGUACUCCGUGCGCGAAUCACAGGCUCUCAAGGAGUGGGGAUUCCGGAAAGGGAAGAAGCACACCCCCAGGAAAGGAGCCUCGGGUUUCACACCCCUUCNGGCCAUGCCCAGGGAGUCUGAGGGAGGUGGCUACGAGGUAUCACCUGGCGAAGGAACCUUCUCUUACCGCCAUGCCUUCGGACUUCUUUCUGCAGCCUCUGGACGGCGGUCCUCGCGUACCCGUGGGGCCGGGGCAGACUGUGAUAGGCCGCGGGCCGCUGCUGGGAAUAACAGACAAAAGAGUAUCCAGAAGACAUGCCAUUCUUGAAGUGGUUGAUAGUCAGCUUCGAAUCAAGCCAAUUCAUAGGAAUCCAUGUUUCUACCAGUCCUCGGAGAAGAGCCAACACUCGCCAAUGGAGACGCAAGUGUGGAGCCAGUUGCAUCCCGGGGAUAGCUUUUCCCUGUUACUUGACAAGUAUGCUUUCCGUGUUUUCUCUNCAGAAUCUGAAGUGGAGAUGGAGUGUACUCUGAGAAACAGUCAGAUGCUUGAUGAAGAUGAUAUAUUGAGUGAGAUGCAGAAGUCCCCUGUGGUUAACUUACCUGNUAAGACAACUGGUGCCUCACAGCUGCAAGGAAGCNCUGAAAUAACCAAGACCAAGUGUCCCACCAUAGAUCCUAUGUCCUCUUCAGGUGAAUGCAGAGCGUUCNGUGAGCACCAGCCACGUCCUACCCAGAGGAAAAGAAUCCUCCCAGCUUGGAUGUUGGCGGCAAGUCUAAGUGAUCGGAGCCUCUCCACACCGGCUGAGGGGGGAGGUAGGUUCCAGGCUUUGCUACUGUUGAGUGUCGAGGAAGCAUUAAAGACAAUGUUAGGUUCUUCUCAGCAAAUAGANGUAGAGUGGUGGCUGCAUGCGGGCACACUGACCUUGAACUCAGAGAUUGGUGGGAUUAAAGANGUGUGCCACCACUGCCCGACAUUUGCCUUUUUUAAUGAUGCCUUUUCUGUAUUUCUUUUACAGAAUGUUCCAGAAUCGUCAUCUUCAAACAUAGCAAAGGACCCAGAUGUGGAUAUUGUGCAGACAAAUAAACAGAAGGACGGGAUUUUAAAAGAGGAACUUGGUGAGGUCUCUAAACAUAAAGCCGCCACCAAACCAACCACAAACGAAGAGGGCGAGAGUUGUGCAAGUGUCCAAAGCAAGUCACCUCCUGAGAAAUCUCAAGGAGGCCAUCCUGAGUCCAGCUCUGCUCCCUCCAGUCCUGAUGCUUCGCACACAGACACAGCUGACCCAGUGCUGGGCUGUUCAGAAGAAAGCAAGGUCCGGAGGANGGCCUGCAUGUAUGGGGCCAACUGCUACAGGAAGAACCCCCUCCACUUUCAACACUUCAGCCACCCUGGUGACAGUGACUAUGGAGAGGUACAUGGCACAGAUGAAGGUGUGAUUGGUGACAGGCCCGAGUGUCCCUAUGGGGCGUCUUGUUACAGGAAGAACCCCCAGCACAAGAUGGAAUAUAGGCACAGUGCACUUCCGGCCAGAGUUGCUCUGGAUGAAGAUGACGAUGAUGUCGGGCAACCCAGUGACGAUGAGGACGAGGAAGACUAUGAGCCGACAGAUGAAGAUUCUGAUUGGCAACCAGGAAAGGACGAUGAGGAGCNGGAAGAUGUGGAUGAGCUUUUGAAAGAAGCAAAAAGGUUUAUGAGAAGGAAGAAGUAGCGUUUCUGCAGUGACUCACAUUUGCUUUUUUUUCUCUGUGGGAAACAUAAUCAUUUUUUUCUUUUAAUAGUUCUUUGCUCUUGAAACAUUGAAACACCAGCCGUCAGUGAAAUAGGUGGGAUGUAUGCUAUUGCCUAUUUUAGUGCCUGUUUAAUGCAUCCAUCAGUGAAAGCAGGUAAAGAGGUUGGGCAGUCUGAUAUUUUCAAAUACUUUACAUACUGCAAAUAAAAAGCCAUAGGUUGUACAAACCUUUGAUCAUCUGCCCUGAGGUCUUUAUAGAGCACCCUGCAAGCUUAGCCAGGUGAUUACAGAACAGUGGAAGAGCCAACCCCACACUGCUGUUGAAAGAGUCCCUCACAAAGCUAGACUCUAACAAAUGACAGCCAGCAGUGUGCCAUGUCUCUAAUAUAUUAGAUGUGGCUUUCUGAUUUCAUUUANGGCUUUUGUCCUUUGAAUCCUGGGAAGACUAUUAACAAAAAGAUGCUGAAAAUGAUCCUGUUAACCUAUAGGGCAGCAGUACUCACCUAUAGGGCAGCAGCACUUACCUAUAGGGCAGCAGUACUCACCGUGCAAGGAAAUGGUUUUUGUGCAUCCCCAACUGUGUAUGUAUAUCUGUGAGAGUAUAAAGAAGACUGCGGAGCCCUUGCAUGACUCUCACACUGC